AUGCCUCGCGAGGCGCGAUAUGACACCCUCUACCCCGUGUCCGCGCGUCAAUACUACGAUUUAAUGCUCUCGAGCGCGUUUCAGCGCGACGUGCACGUCAAUGGAUUGGGCAUGCGGGUCUGGGACAACGUCGACGAAUACCCGCGACCGCGGCGAUUACAUCGUAAGGCGUACAGCGAACCGACGCUGCGAUUGCCAAAAUGGAUGGCUCGAUUCGCGCGCAAGUCGCAGGCGUACACGGAGUAUUCGGAAUUCGACCCGGAGACACUGUCGAGAACGACGCGCGUCGUCCCGACGUUGGGCGCGAACGUGAUGGAGUUCACCGUGGAGGAGCGAUACGUCGAUCGCGAACCGAGUGCGAACUCAAAGACGAAACGGGGUAAGCGGUCCACGACGGUCGAGCGUGCGGGCUGCGUGGUUAUUUCAGUGGUGCGUAUUCGAUGCAAGGUGCGGUUGUUUCGUAACUUGUUUGAGCGAUGGAUUUUAGAACAAAGCGAACUCAAAGUGGCGCAGAGAGAUGCGUACGUGUUGAACGCGUUGAAAGAAAACGCUUACGACGAUCUGUUGGCUCGCGACGAGCUCGAGAAAGCUCAAUCGCAACGUGACGCGAUCGACGCGCACGCUUCGUCGCCGCUGACGUCGAUUGCGCGCACCGCCACCGCAUCUGCUGCUAUCGUCGUGGUAAGGCUUCUCGUCGCGCGGCCCGGCCGCCGAAGCCGCUAA